AUGUCCACCUUCUCGGCAAAAGACUUCGAUACGCACAGGUACGAGGCGUGUAGACCCUCUUACCCCCCCCAGUUCUACGAUACACUCAUUUCGUACCAUGAAGACGGGGAAGAGUCACGUCGUGAGGCAAGGCGAGGUGGCGGUGGAGGCACCCCCCCAGGGUGUGUUCUCGAUAUUGGGUGUGGUCCAGGGACUGCGACUUUUGAAUUGGCUCACAGGGUGCCUGGUUGUACUAGAGUAGUUGGGUGCGAUGUCUCACGUGUGAUGGUGGAGCAGGCAGAGUCGAGGUUGGCACAGGUGCCACAAGAACGUCCCGUUGUCGAGUUCCGCGUCUGUUCGUACGACCAGAUUGAACAGAAUCAUGAGUACGAUCUGGUGACUGCUGUAGAGUGUGCUCACUGGUUUGAUUUCAACAAGUUUCAAGAGAGUGUCGCAGGGGCACUCACCACUGGUGGGACAGUCGCUGUUUGGGGGUACGCGGAUCAGUUGAUCACGGGGUACCCUGACCUGGAUGAGUUGUACUUGGAUUUUGCAUACGGUGAUGAUCAUUUGGGUCCCUACUGGCAACAACCGGGGAGAUCUCUACUAAGAACACUUUUGAAAGGGUGUGAGUUUAGAAAGGACUUGUUCAGGGAUGUCCAAGAGGUUUACUCCCAUGCAACAGACACCCAGGGUGCCCUGUCCAUCACGAAACGGUGCAUUCUGCGGGAGUACGGAGAGUACCUACGUACAUUCAGCGCGUACCACUCAUGGAAGGCAGACGUAGCAAACAAAGACAAAACAGACGUAUGCGAUGAGUUUCUACACGCGAUCAUGCAGAGACACCCAGGAAUGGAACUAGAUAGUGAGGUACACCUAGUAUGGAACACGUUCUACAAGUUUGCAAGAAGGGUGUGA